AUGAAGACCGUCUACACUGCCAUUCCCUUGGCCCUGUUGGCUGCCGUCGCUCAGGCUGAGUCCCAAGCUCUCGGCGCCAAACAGUCUCGUGAUGUUACCAGUCACGAGGAUCAUGGUCAUGACAACGGUGGUCAUGAUUUCCUAGGCGACAACAGUGAGAAGGGUGAUUUCCUCGGCGAUACUUAUGACCACGACUUCCUCGGUAGUGGCUUCAACGAGCCUCACAAGCAUGUUCAAGGCGGACAUGGUGAGCCAUCUGCUGGAGGCGAAGGUGACGAUGACCUGGCUCCUGGAUUCGUUUCUUCGUCGACCGACUCUCCAUUCGGCGGACCACAUAACUUCAAUGAACAGUCUGGCCCAGAUGUCUUUACUGGAGACAACGAAAUUGACGACGGCAUCAACAACGACAACAUCGUCAUCACCCCGGUCACCAGCUUCCAACAAGCCCAGGCUCAGGAGCAGGACGUUAAUGUCGUGCCCCCUCCCGGUCCUCCACAUGGUGGUCCUGGACCUGUUGAGCACCAGCCCGAGCAGCUCCCUCCCCAACAGCACUCGGAGCCUAAGCAAGCCCCUCCCGAGGAACAGCAUGACGCACCCGCUCCUCCUGCUUACAAGCCUGAGCCUCAGCCUAAAGUAGUGACCCCUGAGCCGACUCCAACUUCUUAUACACCUGCUCAUGCUCCUGCUUCCGAUCCUACUCCUGCUCCAGUCUACGAGCCAACCCCCGAGAGAUCUGAGGGAGAACCCCCGUGCCCUGAAGGCGAGGAUGGUAGCGAGCCUGUGCCUCGGCCACAUGGUGCUGACGCCUAUGCACCGCCUGUUGCUGCUAAGGGAGACGCCAAGCCCUACCCUGAGGGGAACCACCCUGAAGCCUACCGCGAGGGUCAUCCCGAAAGCUACCAUCCAGCUCCGGGAAACCCUUUCCAGCCGCCGCAGCCACCUCAACCUCCACAUGUUCAGCCUCCCUUCCCUUUCCCACGCCCCGGCCACUCUGAUGAUGAUGACGAUGAUGACUACUCUUUGCCAAUUCCUCACCUUGGUCCUCACCCAGGCCCUGUCCUGCUGGUCCUUCUGCUGAUCACGGCAGCUACCCUGCUCCCGAGCCCGAGAAAGGUCAUGACAGCUAUCCUGCACCUGUCUCCUACCCUGGUACUCAAUCCGGGCCAGGUUCCAAUAGCUACCCAGCUCCUCAACCCGGGCCAGGACAAGACAGCUAUCCUGCUCCUCAACCUGGCUCAGGUCACGACAGCCACACUGCUCCUGCAACUGGGCCAGGUCACGACAGCUACCCKGCUCCUCAACCUGGGUCAGGUCACGACAGCUACACUGCUCCUCCAACUGGGCCAGGUCACGACAGCUACACUGCUCCUCAACCUGGGUCAGGUCACGAUAGUUAUCCUGCUCCUCAACCUGGGCCAGGUUCCAAUAGCUACCCUGCUCCUCCAACUGGUUCAGGUCAUGACAGCUACCCUGCUCCUCCAACUGGAUCAGGUCAUGACAGCUACCCUGCUCCUCCAACUGGAUCAGGUCAUGACAGCUACCCUGCUCCUCCAACUGGUCCAGGUCACGACAGCUACCCUGCUCCUCCAACUGGUUCAGGUCAUGACAGCUACCCUGCUCCUCCAAUUGGGUCAGGAUCCAAUAGCUAUUCUGCUCCUCAAUCCGGGUCAGGUUCUGAUAGCUACCCUGCUCCUCCUACUGGGCCAGGAUCCAAUAGCUACCCUGCUCCUCAAACUGGAUCAGGUCAUGACAGCUACCCUGCGCCUGUUUCCUACCCUGCGCCGGGUGACAAAGAUGAGCAUGGUACCUACCCACAGCCGCCCUCACCUGGGUCUUACCCUCAACCAGAUCACGAUGGCUCUGACCUACCGCGAACCUACCCCUGGUCAGCCCGAGACCAAGCCAGUGCCUGGGUCUGAUACAAGCAAGCCUUACUCUCCGGGCCAUGAAUACAGCAAGCCUCCCACCCAGCCAUAUGUGCCUCAGGUAACUCCUUACCAUUCCUCCUCGGCCAAAGUUCAGCCAUCUCAUGCUCCAUCUUCGAGUCGUCAUGCGUCUUAUGGGUACUCUUCUCACUCUCACGCUGCAUCUCACACCACAACAUCUUGCACUUGGACCAGCACCACUCACAAGACUGAUGCUCCCAGCCCCACUGCCCCCAAACCCGCCUCUCCGUCCACUUAUACCGGUGGUGCUGGUAUCGUUGGUGUUCCCGGAGGCUUCGGUAUGGCCGUCAUUGGUGCUCUGGCCUUCCUUUUGUGA